AACUCAACCCAGACACAGCGCCCUCAUCUCCGUCGUCGUUCUCCGAGGAGACGCAAAACUUUCUUGCGACAUCCGUCAUGGCACCGAGGCUGGAGCGCGGCGGCAGCGGCUUCCAUCUCCCGAACUCCGAGCUGGAGGACUCCCUCUUCCUCCGCGCCCUCAUUUCCGUCGUAAACGGAGACGCCGUCGUCCCCACGCUGCAUCUCGAGCCGUCGUCCACGCCGCACUUUGCCGCUGCAGCUCCUGCGCGCGCCAGCUGCGGCGUGGACGGGUGUCUUGGCUGCGUGUUCGUUGCUGCGGCGGCAACGACCAGCUCGAGCAGCGAGGGCGAAGGGUGCUUCGCCGCGAGCUUCGUAAUGGACGGCGGCGUGGGGAGGAUCACGCGCAGGAGGAGGCGGAGCAAGUUCAGGGGCGUGAGGCAGCGGUCGUGGGGGAAGUGGGCGGCGGAGAUCCGCGACCCGCACCGCGCCGUCCGCAAGUGGCUUGGCACCUUCGACACCGCCGUGGAUCCCGCCCGCGCCUACGAUCUCGCGGCGCUCGAGUUCCGUGGCCACCGCGCCAUACUCAACUUCCCGGCCGCGGCCGCGUCGUCGUCGGCGGCUUCUGUUUCUGAUUCGUCUUGGGUGGCUGCGCAGUCGUAGAACUUGCCGGGCAGUCCUCGCGGGUCAAAAUGUGUCUUCGCGGCUACCGGGGUAGGUAGACAACUUCGUGAUCCAUGUUUGGAUGAUUUAUUCAUUCGCAUUUUUGAAAGGAUGUUGUUUAAUCCGAAUCAA